CACCCGGAAAACAUUAUCAUGAUGAAGAAGAUGGUUUUCAUUUUUGUGACACAAAGUGUCAAUUCUGCGAAUGUUUUGUACGUGUUAUACAAUUGCCUCAUGGACACACGCAACUACAUGAUAACAAACAUGGAAAUAUGAUACCAAAUCAAUUCAGUGAUGACGAAGAAUAUGCAGGAUACAAAUUAAUUAAUCAAGGAAAAUUCGUCCCUUGCAACUUGUAUUGUAAAGAUUUAGGAAGGCAUCGACAUGUUGAUUAUUGUCAAAACGAAAAGGCUUGUAAAUCUGGACAGGAUAUUCAGCUUAUUAAUAAAAGUGCAGGAGAUGUUGAAAGAACAACCAUCGGAUGUUUCGCUAAUAGAUUGAAUAAUGAACAGACGUAUUCACAAGAAUUCUUUAAUCAAGUUCAUUUCCGCUAUGAUUGGUUUCUACCAUGGCAGCUUGGUAAAAUAUCGAAGAAACCAAAAAUCGAUGGUGAACAUUCAAUGCGCAUAACACAUGAUUCAUUGGCCAGUACGGAUUAUUCUGACAAGCACAAAUUAUUAAUGGUAAUCGCUGAUGGUGACAUAACCGGAUCAGAUAACGAUAAAACAACUCCGGAGAUAUACGAGGAUUUAAUUGAACCGUUCAAUUAUCUAGUUUCGAGUCUCAGAUACCACAAGUCAUAUUUAGCCAUAGGAGAAACUGGCACACCAGAAGAACGAAAAGGGCUUAAAGCCGGUAAUCGUGGUAAACGAGAUUCACAGCUUAUAUUAACGAUAGUUUUAGUAAGAUGUGUGGCAUCGAUGGAACGUGAUCCAACGGUUAUGGGACUUUGCGGGGAAACGAAAAUAGCGAAUAUGAAAACGAGUUGGAAUAUUAUAUAUACUUCGCAUUAUCUUGGAAAAUCCUAUGAAUCAAUAUUUGGUGGAGUAACCUGUUUGUCAGGGUAUUCUUGUAUCGUAUCAAGCACCUGGAUAUUGAGAACAUUAUCGAAACGUAAAAUGAUUUAUGUACCAAAGGUGAUAUGUAAAACUAUAGUACCGGAUGAGUUUAAAGUAUUAUUGUCACAAAAAAAGAAAAUGGAUUACCUCUACGAUACAUAA